GAUAACAGAUAAAUAGAUAACAUAGCACCCUGCACACCAUAACACAGAGAGAGCAGCAACAAUGGCAUCACUGUGUGGUGCAGCUUCAGUGACCUUCCCUUCACCUUCAUUCCCAUCUCACAAGAUUUCAACUACAAAAUCAUCCUUCGUUGGCUUCCAAUUGCCACUACCAAAGCUUUCAUCUUCUUCCAUUCGAACCCAUUUCACUGCAACUCUUCGCGUCCAUUGUCAGCAGGAAACUUCCUUGGUCACAGAAGAACAAUCUCCAGUGGUUGCAGUAGAACAAGAUCCUCGCUUCAUGUGCGUUGAACCUGAGCCCCGAUUCAAAGGCCCGGACAUUUGGAACAAGACCUAUUAUCCAAAAGCUGCUGAUCAUGUCAAUACAGAGAAAACAUGGUACGUUGUCGACGCCACAGACAAAGUUCUUGGAAGACUAGCAUCAACAAUUGCCAUUCACAUCCGAGGGAAGAACCUAAUGACCUAUACACCCAGUGUGGACAUGGGUGCUUUUGUAAUUGUGGUAAAUGCAGAAAAGGUUGCUGUGUCAGGGAAAAAGAGGACCCAAAAGCUUUACAGAAGGCACUCUGGACGACCUGGUGGUAUGAAAGUGGAGACAUUUUCCCAGCUGCAGAACAGAAUUCCUGAAAGAAUUAUUGAACAUGCUGUUCGGGGCAUGCUUCCAAAAGGGAGGCUUGGCAGGGACCUAUUCACCCACCUGAAGGUUUAUAAGGGCCCAGAUCAUCCACACGCAGCGCAGAAGCCUGUUGAUUUGCCGAUAAGAGAUAAGAGAAUAGAGUUGAAGAGAUAGGUCAUAGGUGUUGCAAAGAGCUUGGCAUGAAAUAUGACAAAGAUAGUUGAGCUCCUUGCUUUAGCUGCUUGCUUUGCUGCUGUCUUCCAUUUGAUGCUUUAUUUGUCUGUAGAGGUAUCUGAUUAUUGCAUUACUUGUGUUUUUAUCCAAGGCCUAUGUCGAAUCUUAAUUUUUUUUUUAUAGGUUUGAAUCAUAGGGGUGUAAUAUUUUUUUAAUAUGCAUUUUAGUGUAUUGGCCAUGUUUUCAUUUCAAGAAAAUCUUCCAUCUCUUUUCUUUUCC